AUGGCUCGGUCAAUCAUUUUAGCCGUCACGCUAGUCCUCGCAGCCGUCGUCUGCCUGUCGGCCGUCAGCGUUGACGGCGCUGCACCGCCGACAAAGACGCAGCUGCGCGCCGAGCUGAAGAAGCUAUCGGCGACGAUCACGAAGAAGUACCCCAAAUACGCCAAGUACUCGGCGCAAGUCAACAAGGUCAUCAAUGUUGCAUUGAACUCCAAGUACGAUUUCUCCGCGCUCAAGAACUCCACGCUCCUCCUGAUGAACGACGCCGUGGCUGACGCGCUAGCGAAGCGCUUCAAGGGCAAGAAGAUCUCCACCGAUACCGCCUACAACCUCACCGCCGUCCAGAUCAUCGCGACCCGUUUCACGCAGACCCAGCUUCAAGCUAUAACGAGGGGCCAGCUGCUCCGGACUCAGCUCAAGGGUUUGAGUCUUGUUAAGAUGUCCCCUAAGGGCCCGAAUAUCAUGCUGGGCCAGCGCCCCUCUGUCCCCUCCUUUCCGCCCCUGCAUUCCCUCCUUUCCCCCCCUUGCUUCUCCUCCUUUCCCCCCUUACUUCCCCUCCUUCCCGCCCCCCCCGAUUCCCCUCCUUUCCGCCCCUGCUUCCCCUCCUUUCCCCCCCUUGCUUCCCCUCCUUUCCCCCCCUGCGUUCCCUCCUUUCCCCCCUUUGCUUCCCCUCCUUUCCGCCCCUGCAUUCCCUCCUUUUCCCCCCCUUGCUUCCCCUCCUUUUCCCCCCCUUGCUUCCCCUCCUCCCCCCCCCCCACUGAUUCCCCUCCUUUCCGCCCCUGCAUUCCCUCCUUUCCCCCCCUUGCUUCCCCUCCUUUCCCCCCCUUGCUUCUCCUCCUUUCCCCCUUUGCUUCCCCUCCGUUCCCCCCCUGCAUUCCCUCCUUUUCCCCCCCUUGCUUCCCCUCCUUUCCCCCCCUUGCUUCUCCUCCUUUCCCCCACUGCAUCCCUCCUUUCCCCCCUGCUAGCACAUCGUUCCCGCCUGACUUGAGGUCACUCCUCCCCACCCUUCCUUCCGAUCUCUCCUGCCUUACACGCCAUCUCAUGUCUCUUCCUUCCCAACACCUUGAUGUUCCUCACCAUUUACCCUCUUCGCCUUCGCUUUUCCAAUCCCUUCCAUCCUAUCCCCCCUCUCGUCCCUUUCAUCUCCCUGCCAACACACCUGUCAAGACACUGGCGUAUGCGCUGCAAGUGGUGCAGGCACUGGCAGGGUGUGAGGCGCGGUGA